AUGGCAACCACAGCCCCUACGCCGGUGCCUCUGACGGUCCUGUGUCGCUGGUACCUGUACGCCAUCCACGGCUACUUCUGUGAGGUCAUGUUCACCGCCGCCUGGGAGUUUGUGGUCAACCGCGACUGGAAGUUCCCUGGUGUUACCAGUGUGUGGGCUCUGUUCAUCUACGGGACCUGCAUCCUCAUUGUGGAGCACAUGUACCUGGCCCUCCGAGCUCUCCACUGCCCCCUGCUGCUGCGAUGCCUCAUCUAUACCCUAUGGACGUACAUCUGGGAGUUCAGUACAGGGCUGUUGUUGACCCAGUUCGGGGCAUGUCCCUGGGAUUAUUCCCAUUUUCAGUAUAACUUCAUGGGGUUGAUCACGGCAGAGUACGCCCUGCCAUGGUUCUGUGCGUCGUUCAUGAUGGAGCAACUGGUUAUACGCAUCACACUGCGGCUAAGGAUGGACACAGACGGAACAGAGGACGUCAAGUCUUAUGCAGGCGGGGGAGAAGAUGGGGGAGGAGGGGGGAGGAGACAACGGGGUGAACAAGGAGGUACAGAGGUCAAUGGUUUCCUGAAAGUGGACUGA